AUGAGAUGGAUGAUCCUUGCAAUAACAAGUCAUAUUACUUGUAUUUGUAUGUCGAUGAACUCUAGUAGUGAGAGUAAUACACGAUUUAUGGAGACAAAAACUAAAUUAGAAGAAAUGAAAUAUAGCAAAAUCGGAAAUUAUAAAAAAUAUGGAAGGAAAAAACAGGAUGAAGUACAGAUUUUGGAAGAGACAAUACGCGCACGGUCGGAGAAGCACAAGAAAGCCGGCAUUGAAUUAGAUGCAACUUGCGAUAUAUGCAUGAAAACCAAAUUUGCAGAUGGUAUUGGUCACACUUGCAACUACUGUAAAAUCCGAUGUUGUGCUCGUUGCGGUGGAAAAGUUACAUUAAGAUCGAAUAAGCUGUUAAUGUAA